AUGCAGCAGCGUUUUGUACUCUCCUAUCUCCCACGACCUAGCCGUCGAGGCAACCACCACUGCCGCCGUUACCAUAGUUUCCAUGAAGCCACCGCCGCCGCAUCCUCCGUGGUUGCAUCCAUCAACUGGGUUCGCGACCGAGGACUCGAUCACGCCGUGGAGAAGGAAAGAGACCUGAAACCCAUGAUUGAAGUCAAGAACCUCAUAAAUUCCGAGCCUUCAAAGUCUCUCCCUCUCUCCAUCAUCUCCGACAAAAGAGCUUCACUAGGUAUACCCAUCCGUUCUAUUGAUUUUAUUCGAAAAUAUCCAUCUGUAUUCGAAGAGUUUCUUCCAGGUGGUAUUGGAAUCCACCCUCACGUCAAAUUAACCCCUGAAAUCCUCACCCUUGAUACCGAAGAACAGCUCCUUUUCGAAAGUGAGAUUCAUAAGCAAGAUGUAGCGGAUCGACUUCUGAAGCUACUCAUGAUAGCCAGGAUCAACAAAAUCCCUCUUUCUGUGAUCGAUCGCUUGAAAUGGGAUCUGGGUUUGCCUAACGAUUACACCCACACCAUCGUUCCUCAAUUUCCUGAUUACUUUCAAGUUACAAGCAGUGGAAAUGAACUCGAAUUGGUUUGUUGGAGUGAUAAACUAGCAUCGUCUGUCAUGGAGAAGAACUCACUGAGCUCAUUCCCUUUGCAAUAUUCUCGUGGGUUCGAGGUGGACAAGAAAUUUAAGAAAUGGGUUGAUGAUUGGCAGAAGCUGCCAUACAUUUCACCUUACGAAAAUGCAUUUCAUUUACAGGCGAAAAGUGAUGAAUCUGAUAAAUGGACUGUUGCUAUAUUGCAUGAAGUUCUUCAUCUUUUAGUACCAAAGAAAACUGACAAGGAUAAUCUACUGUUUCUUGGUGAAUAUUUGGGUCUUCGAUCAAGGUUCAAGAAGGCAUUGCUUCAACACCCUGGGAUCUUCUAUGUUUCAAGUAAACUGCACACACAUACAGUCGUUUUGAGAGAAGCUUAUAAGAGGGAUUUGCUUAUUUCGAAGCCACAACAUCCAUUGAUGACGUUAAGGUCUAAUUAUAUUCAUUUGAUGUACACUGUCAAGGAGCAAAGCAAAUCAAAGAAUCAAGAAACUGGAUCUAAAAAGCAAAAAGCCAGACAAGUUUCUAACGAAGAAGAAGAAGAUGAUGACGAUGAUGAAGAUGAGGAAGAGGAUGAUACUGAAAGUGAACAUGAAGAAGAUGAUGAAACCGAGUCUUUGUUGUCAGAUUCAGAAUCUGAAGGGUUGACUAAUAUUGAUUCGGGUAAUGAUCGAACACCCACCAAAAAAACAAAGGUUGAAGGGCUGGUCCAUUUGAAAGAUAACAAGAGGCAUAGAAACAUGGAUGAUGAUGAUGAUGAUGAUGAUGAUGAAGAGAAGGAUACAAAGAUUCAGGGAAGAACAAGUAGGACAAUGAAGUUUAACAACGAGAGUUCAUCUAGAAGAAACACUCCAAAUUCAAGGAGUAGUGAGAACGAUGGUAGGAGGAGAGGUAGAGGAAGAAGUAGGAAGAAUGUGUUUGAUGAAAAAAAGACUGUUUCAGGAAACAUUCAGAUGUCUGAUAGAAGAGGAGGCACAAGGGAAACGAGUACACGAUUUCUGAGAACAGAGUCUCCAGGUGCUCGAAAAUCUCAUGACAGAUCAUCACCAAGAUCCAGUGUUUCAAGAACAAGAGAGAAGAGAAUCUAA